AUGUUUCAUUUGACUGUGAUAAAAGCCGCAGGACGCCGGUCCGGAUCUAUUUCCAUCCGAUUGCUACGCACCGCUCUCAAGACUCUUAACCUAAUCCUGCGUGAUGAAUAUAUCUCCGCCAAGCCCGGCCUGCUCGCAGCGAGGCGCAACGUACUAAUAAUAGUGUUUUCUUUCUUUCUUUCUUUCUUUCUUUCUUUCUUUCUUUCUUUCUUUCUUUCUUUCUUCUGUAUAAAUUUACCUUUCUUCAUUUAUCCUUUUCUUUCUUUCUUUUUUCUUUCUUUCUUUAUCUCUUCUGAAUUAAUUUAUUUUUCUUUCUUCAUUUUCUGUAAUAAUUCUUUCUUUCUUUCUUUCUUUCUUUCUUUCUUUCUUCUGCAUAUAUUCAUUUUUAGUUUUUCUUCCAUUGAUUUUAUUUUUUUUCCUUCAACUGAUUUCUUUUUCCUCUUCUUUCAUAUUUUUCAUUCCUUUCUUUUUUUCCUUUCUUUUUUUCCUUUCAUUCUAUUUUCUCUAUUUUCUUUAUCUUCCUUAAAUACUUCUCUCUUUUCAUCAUCUACAUAUUUAUCAUUUCAAAAAACUUCCUUUCUUGAAAUCUUGUAUUGUUUUCGUUUCCUUUUCUUCUUUCUUUCUUUCUUUCUUUCUUUCUUUCUUUCUUUCUUUCUUUCUUUCUUUCUUUCUUUAACUCUUUCUUUAACUCUUUUUUUCAUUUACUCUCCCUAG